UCUGAACCACUGAUGACUGAUGAUUUGAAUCUGCUUGCUUCUGAUUCUAUCUGCCCCAGGUACAACUCCAGACCACGAGGUGGUGUAAACUGCAGAUCAGUUUUAAGUGGCACAAAGAUUCAGCGAAGACACGGGGAUUUCCAUGUUCCUUUAUUCACGCUGUUAUAGGGGGAAAAAACGACUUGAGGUGACCAUGACGGAGGCAGAGCUGGUCUUUCAUAAAAAGAAGAACAAGAACAAGAAGCAACUUUUAGAGGCGGUGACGGACCCCGGCAAUCCUCCUGAGACAACCACUACGGAAGUCGACUCUCAUAAGAAACAUAAACACAAAAAGAAGAAAACAAAGAGUGAGAAAGAUGACUGUAGACCCGAGGGCCAGUGUGACACAAGAGAAGGGCAAAACAAAAAGAAAAUGAAACACGAUGCAGAGAACGUAAGUGUGACACAAGAGGCUGCAGAUGCUGCUGCUGCUCAGGAGAGAGAGGUGAAGAAAAAGAAGAAGAAAAGGAGAAUUGAAGAGCCAGACCGUCCUGGAGAGAACUCAGAAGCAGAGGCGGCACUCACAGCGGUGCAAACCAACCUUGAACCAGUCCCCCAGAAACGAGUGAAGCGCAAGGUGAAGGUCAGAAAGACACACACACAGCCUGCUGCAGACACACACUCUCCCACAGACACACGGUUUCACCCAGAUGAUGUGCCUGAAGCGCCUGUGCUGGGCGUUGACGAUGCCAUCCGGCAGGAGAUCCUGGAGUUCCUGCCUCACUUCACGUUUCACAGCACCGUCAUGGUUAAGAAUGUCAUCAGGUACGACCUGCCCCGCUUCAGGGUAUACAAGAAGCAAGGGAUCCCUCUGCGAACAGGGCGGUUCACCGCGGCCGAGAACAAGCAGCUGAAACAGAACGUAAAGGACUUCCUGGACGUUUCCGGGAUCGACACCGAGUUCAAGCUUUUUAGACCCCAACGCUUCCCAGAUGAGAAGGUUACCAUCCAAAGGCUGAAGAGGAAGUUCAACUUCCUCAGGUGUUUAUGCGCUGGGAUCCCUCGUUCCUGGCAUAAUAUACACAACCGAGCCAUGAGGUUUUGCAACAGGGAGAAUUACAUGGGGAGGUUUACAGAAGAUGAGAACAAGGUCUUGAAGGAACUGUAUUCGCUGCAUGGGUCAAACUGGACGACCAUAUCAGACAAGAUGGGCCGCAGUUGUGAAGCCGUGAAGGGUCGCUUUGGCCAGAUGUGUGAGAACCAUGGGCCAUGGUCAGAGGCAGAGUUGAAGGUCCUCCUGACGUGCUUACACCAGCAGCUGCUGAAGAGGGCUGAGCCUGGAGGAGAGGGUGGCGACGGGUCUGCGGUCAUCCAAAAGAUGGACUUGUAUAAGAAUCUGGCCUGGAUGCGUGUUGCCAAGCAGGUCAAGACUCGCAGCUGGUUGAAGUGCCAGCACAAGUGGAUGAAUUACCUGAAGGGUAAAAUGAAGACUGGUGGAAAGAUCCACGGGAGGAAGAACAUAGAGGGGCAGAUCCAGCUGAUCAAAGCGAUCAAUGAAAUGGCUGUGGAGGAAUCUUCAGACAUCGUGUGGGAUGACCUCACUCAUCUCUUUGGCAACACCCCACCUGUCUACUUACAAAUGAAGUUCCACCAGCUGAAGGUGACCUAUAUACCAGACUGGAACAGAAAGUCUUUCUGUGACAUCAUUGAUUUCCUGUAUGAGAAGACCCUGCCAAAGCUGGAGGAGGACCUGAAGGGCUGUAAGGAUGAUGAUGAUGAUGAGCCCGCAGAACAGCGACAGUCUUACAAGCUGUCAGAGAUCUUCCCCAACCUCUGAAACACCCCAACGCCACCCCCACUCAUCACCAGAGAGACAAGUCACUCUUCCAAGCUGUCAGAGAUCUUCCCCAACCUCUGAAACACCCCAACCCUGACCCCACUCGCCUAACCGCCUCACUAGGGGCCGUGUGAAGUUUGAAACACUAGUGACUGAAUUAACAUUUAAUUGCUCAGGCCUUUUCCAAAGAAGUUCAGAUAUUUGUAAAUGAUUGAAGAAAAUAUUAGCUUUGUCAUUUUUUUUUUUACAUUUCCUGGAACUGGUGUAUUUUAGUAUUUUUGUAAAAUUCAUUUUUAUGCACUGAGUUCAAUAGUAAAUCAAGGAGUUUUAAA